AUGAUGCACGGAAAAGUUGUCAUCUCGCUUUUAAUGUUUGCAGUUGGAACCUACGCUGGUCCAAUUUCAAAAGUUGUUGGUGGUCACAAUGCCCCGCCUGGCAAAUAUCCUUUUCAGAUUAUCACGAAAUAUGGCAAUAGCUUUCUCUGCGGUGGCACAAUCCUAAAUCAUCGUUACAUUUUAACAGCUGCUCAUUGUCUGCAUGGCUUUGAUGUUACUCGCUUUAAAGUUGUCACAGGAAUCAAUCGACAAUCCGAUAAUGGCACCAUCUAUAAUGCAGAAAACCUGAUCAUUCAUGAGAAUUAUAAACCAGGUGGAUAUUCGAAUGAUAUUGGUCUGAUUCAAGUAAAAGAGGACAUUAUUUACUCAAAGGUUGUGCAGCCUGUGCCUUUACCUAGCAAAAAUUUCGAUAACUAUAACGAUGAAGUGAUUCUUAUUGGUUUUGGAAGAUUAGGGAUUGAUAAACCACCUGCUAAAACUUUGCAAGAAGUGAAACUCGAAAUAUACCCCUACUCAAAAUGUAUAUCUCUAGUUCCACAUGUAGGAAAAACCCACGUUUGUACACUUACCAAACCAGGAGAAGGAGCUUGUAAUGGCGAUUCUGGUGGGGCUCUGUUAGCCAAAGGAAAGCAAAUUGGAAUCGUUUCAUUUGGAGCACCAUGUGCAGUAGGACUCCCUGAUGUCUACACUAGAGUUCAAAGUUAUUUAACAUGGAUAAAAAAUAAUUCGAAUUAG